GUUUUCAGGAAUCUACAAGCGAUGAGGACGCUAGGCGGCUUUCUUGCUCUUCUUGUCUCUGCUACAUGUAUUCAUGGCACGUUUUCUAUCUUGGGCAUGAAGAAACCAGAACUGAAACUACCAGACUACUGCAGCAAGCCACCAUUUUUCGGUGGCUGCCAACCGAUAACAAAAGAGUGGUACUUCGACACAACCGAAAAGAUUUGUAGACCGACAGGUGCUGGUUUGUGCUGCGCUGGCCACAACCGCUUCGUCACAAGAGACAAGUGUCGCGAAAUGUGCGAUCGUCGACAAAAGCUCUUAUCCGGUAAGGUAACACACCCCAACGUGUGCGUGACAACACCGAAAUUUGUUUCGUGUGGCCAGAGGCAAAGUGCCUGGUAUUUUGAUUCUGCCACCAGAAAAUGCAAAAUGUUCAGCUUCAACGCUAACACUUGCGGAGUUAGCGGCAACAUAUUUUUAUCAGAGCUGAAGUGCCAGUAUGCGUGCAUGCCAAAGAUGACACCCACACCCAUAUGCAGCGCAAAUCCCGCGAUGGAAGGGUGUUUCAUCAGGAGGAAGCAUUGGUACUUUAAUUUUACAACGAACGAUUGCAUGCGCUUUCCAAAUAAUCAUUGUGGAAAAGGGGCUAACAGCUUUUCCAGCGUUGAGAAGUGCAUGCUAUCAUGCAGCUAUAACCGAUUAAAGGUGCCCCACUCAAAAGGCAACGGGACAAGUCAAAAUGAGCUGCCCGGCAGCCCCACAGCACCUUUCCCAAAUUAUCGACCACACCCGCCACUCAUCCCAACUGGCCCGUCCACACCACAUGCCCUUCCUAUACAGCCCACUCCUCCAGGACACCCGAAUGAAAUCGGCUUACCUGGCGCUCCUGGGCUAAACGGUGGGCCUGGUCCGGCCCUUCCUCCCAACAUGCCUGGGCGUCCAGGAAUGCCAGGAGUACCGAGCAGCGUCAGGCCCGCUUCACCCGGUAUUGCGCCCAUUCCCGGCUUACCCGGACAGCCAAGUCAUCCUGGCGCGACUCCUCCAAGUGGACUACCCAUGGGUCCUGGCCUACACAGCCCGCCUCCCUUUCAAACGGAAGGGAGACCCACUCCACCAAGCUUUCUAGCUGCUGGAUCGGCUGGAUCCAGAGUGUCGGGCCCGCCCAUUCCACAUAUGCCGCCUCUUCAACCUGGUCUUUCUCAAGGACGGCCAAAAUAG